UGUCAUGUCAUGUGACAGCUGGUGAUUUCACUGUUGAGUAUUCUUAACCUAAAAUUCUCCACGUUGUGAGUUUUAAAUCUAGUUUUUGAAGAUGAGUUUUUAAAAUUGAGAAAAAAUGGAAAAUUCUAUUAAAGUGUCUGGAGGAAAAGUCAACGAAGGAAAAGCCGAGAUUCUGGUCGAGGAGACUAAUGUUUUUUACAAUCCCGUGCAGGAGUUUAACCGCGAUCUCAGCAUUGCAGUGCUGAGUUUGUUUGCUAAGGAUAAGUAUGAGGAAAAUUGCAAGAAAGCUGGUGAUAAUAAAGAUGGAGCGGAGAAAAGAGAUGGUGAUAGUGUUGACAUGAAACCUGGAGAUAAAACUGAGAAUGGAAUAUCAGUAUUGGAAGCAUUAUCAGCGACUGGAUUACGAAGCAUUCGCUACGCAAAAGAAGUUCCCUACUUGAAACAAAUAAUAGCGAAUGAUAUAUCAGCCAAAGCCGCUGAAAGUAUUAAAAAAAACAUAAUACACAAUAAAGUAGAGCAUUUAGUAACAGCUAGCCAACAAGACGCUACAAUGCUGAUGUACCAAUCAAGACAAACACGGUUCGACGCUAUUGAUCUAGAUCCUUAUGGAUGUCCAUCGAUAUUCUUGGACAGCGCGGUCCAGUCUGUAAGCAAUGGUGGCCUGUUACUAAUUACAGCAACAGAUAUGGCUGUACUUGCCGGUAAUUCUCCAGAGACCUGUUACGUUAAAUAUGGAGCUACCUCGCUAAAGUCCAAAGCUUGUCACGAAUUAGCCUUAAGAAUAUUAUUGCAACACAUCGCCGCUCAUGCUGGCCGCUACGGUCGUUACAUCGAGCCUCUGCUUUCUGUCAGCGUUGAUUUUUACAUCAGAGUAUUCGUCCGCGUUUUUACUAGCCAGAAAAAGUGCAAAGACAAUACCACCAAGCUGGGAAUGGUUUACCAGUGCACUGGCUGUGAGACUAUGACACUAGGACCACUUGGUAUCAGAGUUCAUAAGGCUCAUAAACUACCUCAGUCUCCACCCGUUGGUCAAUUGUGCAAGCACUGCAAUCAUAAACAUCAUAUGGGUGGUCCCAUUUGGAUUGGACCCUUGCAUGAUAAGCUCUUUGUUUCAAGGCUUUUAAAUUCCAUUGAUGAAAAUCAUGCCGAACUUGGAACUGUCAAGAGACUUGAAGGAGUUUUGAAUGUUGUUGAUGAAGAAUUAGAAACACCGCUUUAUUAUGUGCUGGAUAGAUUAAUGUCUAUAGUAAGAUGCGACACACCCUCGAUGAUUAAAUUUCGAUCAGCGAUACUAAAUGCUGGUUACAAAGUAUCGAUAUCACAUGCACAUAAAUUAUCGAUAAAAACUGACGCGCCAAUGGAAGUGAUAUGGGACAUAGUACGCGCUUGGGAGAAGAUCCAUCCGGCAAAACGUGAUAGACUGGACAAAAAUAGUGCAGCCUUGGCAAUCCUAUCCGCAGAACCAACAACAGCUGACGUUUCAUUUGAUUUACAUCCUUCAGCGAAUCCAAUGUCACGUCAGAAACACAUGACGAGGUUUCAAUUGAAUCCCACGUCUUACUGGGGACCCGGCACUAAAUCCACUACCAUGAUCAACUCAAAUGAGACAACAGCCAAGAGAUUAAAGAACCAAAACAAGCGUUCGAAGAAAUCAAUGAACGAGCAAGAAGACAAUCAGGCAAUUGAUAGUCCAAUAAUUGAAAGUGACUCACCACCUAGUAAACAAAAAAAAAUAAUAGACAAUACAUAGUUGUACUCAUAACCCAGUUAAAAUAUGGCGGAACUAGUGGAGAA